AACCCCUGGCCCACCAGCCCGACACCUGGCCUUGCCAACCCCCAUCCCCGGGGGCAUCCUUCACUGCCUGCGGAGGUUGCUCAGACCGUGUGGGAGUCACAGGAGAACGGAGGGAGCGGCAAGAUCAGCAUGUCAGCAAGAAGGGCCUGGGGGAACCUCGAGCCCCCCGCCAGAGCCGGCCAGUAGUUCCUGGAGCCUGGUUCCGGGCAAGGUGAAGGAGUGGAUGGAGCCGCUGGUGACCAGGACGAGAGAGAGUUGGCAGUGGUUCUGGGGCCCCAGGGCCUUCCAGGGCUUUCUGCAGACCUACUAUGAUGACCACCUGAGGGACCUGCGUUCCCACACCCAGGCCUGGCUCCAAAGCUCCAAGGACAGCCUCCUGAACAAGGCCUACAACCUGUGUCCCCAACUGCUCUGCGGGGACAGCUCCUGGGAUUAAAGUGUUCACAGC